AUGGUGGCCGGCUCGGGCGGCCCCCGCGGGCGGAGCGACACGGGAAUGGCGGUCGUCGGCGCCGGCCGCCCGCGGGUCGGCCCGCCACCCCGGCGACUGGAAGAGCGGGACAGGCAAGGUCUGAGGUGCUGGGCCGCCCGCGCCGCUGCCCAGCGGCCGCCACUGCCCCCGGGGAGCGGGAAGCGGCCUUGGGCAGCCCGGGACCCAGCCCUGCCCGGGAAAGCCAGCUCGGGCUCGAGGGUGGACCCCGGGGUGGCCGGGGCCGCGGGGAGACCGAAGCCCGACCUCCGCCGACCGGGGCUUCCGGCGGGGGCGGGGCUUCCGUCGGGGGCGGGGCUUCCGGCGGGGGCCGGGGCUCCGGGGGUGGGCGGGGCUCCGGGGCGGGGCGGGGCUGGGGGCGGGGCUCCGGGGCGGGGCGGGGCUGGCGCGGCUCCCGGGGCGGGGCUCCCGGGGCGGGGGCCGGGGCUCCGGGGAUGGGCGGGGCUCCCGGGCGGGGCGGGGCUGGCGGGGCUUCCGGCGGGGCGGGGCUCCGGGAUGGGCGGGGCUCCUGGAUGGGCGGGGCUCCGGGGCGGGGCGGGGCGGGGCUGGCGGGGCGGGGCUGGCGGGGCUCCCGGGGCGGGGCUUCCGGCGGGGGUCGGGGCUCCGGGGAUGGGCGGGGCUCCGGGGCGGGGCGGGGCUCCCGGGGCGGGGCUCCCGGGGCGGGGCGGAGCCUGGGAAGCCGGUGGAGCCCACCCGCCAGAAGUGGCGCUGCCUGUCACUCACUCUUGUAAGUGCUACAUCUGGUGGGGGAAAUGUAAGAUUCCCCGUUAA